GGCUUGUCUCCGUACCAACUGCUCGACCUGAUGACCCUGCUGCCCCUGCGUCUGCGCUGCUGAGCUCCUGUUCUUAUCUGCGGCAGACUCUUGGCAUCCAGCCCUCUGACCACCAUGGACACGCCGUCUCAUCUGAGUGUCAUCCUCGACCUCUCUCCUACUCAAUGGGCUCUCUCUGCGCAGUCGACCAACCCACCCGGGAUCUCCCUCGAGACGUUCUUAUCGCAGCUCCUUGCGUUCCUGAACGCCCAUAUCGCGUGCAAAGACGAGAACACGUUGGCAGUGUUCGGCGCGCUCCCUGGAGAGAGUGUACUCCUGUACUCGUCUACUGGCGAAGUGACAGCCAGUGACGAUGGGCCUACGGACUCCAACACGUACCGUCCAUUCAAGACCCUCGACGCGACGGUCAUGAAGUCUCUAGCGGAGCGUUUGGAGUCGUUUGGGGAUGCAGCAGAAGAAGCACCCAUUGGUAUUGUUGGAUGCAUGACGAAGGCUCUGUGCUACAUCAACAGGAUCACGUCGAAUACUACGGCGGCUGGACCGAACGAGGAUGGCCCGACAGCUUCGAUUGACCCGCGAAUACUCGUGCUCUCAGUCUCGCCCGACCAAUCCUCGACUUACAUCCCUAUCAUGAACUCCAUAUUCUCCGCCCAGAAGCUUAAAGUAACAAUUGAUGUCUGCAAGAUCUUCGGAGCAGACAACGUCUUCUUGCAACAAGCGGCGCACCUCACAGGAGGCGCCUACGUGCAGGUAGACAGGACAGACGCGCUCCUGCAAUACAUGAUGAUGUCUUUCCUACCACCUCCAGCCAUCAGGCAGCUCAUAGCUGUGCCUACGCAAGAUCGAGUAGACUUCAGGGCUGCAUGCUUCUGCCAUAAGCGGAUCGUUGAGAUUGGGUUCGUCUGCUCUGUAUGCCUGUCUAUCUUCUGCCAACCGGUUCCCGUAUGCUCGACUUGUCGCACGAAAUUCCCGAUCAAAACCCUGCAACGACUGAACGCGUCGCGCCCGCCUGCUGCGUCGUUGUCGUCCGCCCCAGGCACGCCUGCCCGGCCGCUAGCACACAGGAACGGCACAGCAACUCCCGCGACACCGCGCCCAGGCUAAUUUGUCGACACCGUGGGUCUCUCCGAAUAAGCAGCAAGCUUCACGGAGCGCGGAGCAGAACCAUUCGCCUUGCCGCUGUCUGUCAAGCUCGCCAGCGAUCGGACGGCGCGGGAAGGCUCUGGAUAAUUAACAGCGUGGCUUCGCGCGCGCGGCCCUUUUUCCAACGAGCACGAGGGGCGACACGAGUCGGCCAGGGCGCGGAUGUGGUUGCGGGAAUACGCACGUUCACACUCUCUGUCAGAACGGGUUGCGGGGGCCUUGGGAAGCCGCGGACGUCGCCCGGCGGUGAUUGCGAUAUCGCGCCAGGCCCGGUGUCCGGCGACCGCCAUAAUAAUAAUAACGUCUG